AGAACUUUUAUUGUUUACCCAGCGUCUUACAAAACCGAGGUCCUGCCUGGUAUUCCACGUACACAAUUACAGAGGAUUUAGCGUACAAACUGGGCAAUUUGAUACACCAGUCUUCUACCGUUAGCGCGCACAAUGCUUUGAGCUUCUACAUGCUAUGCGUGUUAUUAGUAUCAAUAUGGCGGCUCGGGUUGCAUGCAGCUCAGUUUUCAAGUCAAUACGGCUAGAUUUGGGUUUAGGCAGUAUCACAUAUUCACGGCCGCUACACGAGAAACACACAAGUAUUCUAACCGCUAAACACUUGGAGUACCUCUCUCUACCAUGGACAACUCAGACAGUGAAACCGAUGUGCCGGGUAUAGUUAGUGAACGUCAAACGGAUUCACCUGUAAAGAUUAAGGAAGAGCCGCCGGACGAUAUAAAGGAUUAUGCGGAGAAUACUAUGAAUGAGCUACUUGGUUGGUAUGGUUAUGACAAAGUAAACAGCGCAGACACAGAACAUCUAAACCUAGAGCGCUACACGAGCAUUGACGACGUGUGCUCGCCGACGGACGGCGGCAGUCGAGACGACGACAGUAUCCUUAGUGACGACGAUGAGGACAGCCUCUCCGGGCGAAGUGAUUUCUCUAGACUAAGCAGAAGUAACAGCGAGUCCAGUCUAGCUGCCCAACAUCGGAAUCUGGUUUCAGCUCUUACGAAGAAGCACGGCCUGACAGGUGCUCCAGACGGAACCUUGCCAAGUGGCUACAUUACAUGUGCGUGGUGUCAGAAACCUGGAAUCAAGCUUUUUACAUUGAAGACUUCCACCACAACGAAAGCCUUCUGUAGCGAGGUUUGCUUCACUCAGUGUCGACGUGCAUCUUUCAAAAAGAACAGAGUUUGUGAUUGGUGCAAGCAUGUUCGUCAUACUGUAAACUACGUAGACUUUCAAGAUGGCGAACAACAGCUUCAGUUUUGCAGUGCUAAGUGUUUAAACCAAUAUAAGAUGAAAAUAUUUUGUAAGGAAACGCAAGAACAUUUACAACAAAUUCAGACUCCUAAUGACAAUGUUUCGUCAUCUAAAAGUCCGGACAGACAAAUUCUAAUAACACCAGAUCUGUGGAUGAAGGAUUCGUCUCUGACAGAGGAGAAAAGUGAGAACAAAUCGACGGAGACGGCAUCUGACAGAGAUAACCACAAGGAAAGCUACAAUAACAGAGGGAGUCACAAGGAAAGUCAUCGGGAGGGUCAUAGUCACAAGGAAAAAGUGGCACACAGAGACAGCCAUCGUGAGGAGAGAGAAAAGACCAGAAAACAUUCGUCAAAGUCUGAAUGGAAGAGUGACCUACACAAGUCACAUUCUCAUAGUGAGAUAGACAGAUCUAGGAGUGUAAUGGAUCGGCUGGUUCGCGAACGCCACCGGCGAUCGUCCUCUAAGGACUCGGCUGGUCUCGCAAGUCCACAACUCGCGUCGUCGGACCCAUCACCUACGGCUACAUCGUCGGCACAGCCUAAUCCUAUGUUCGCGAACGCUGCUGGAUACCCAUCUAUGCCUAUAAUUCCGCCGCACUUGUGGGGUGCGUUCGGACCUGGAAUGCCUCCUAUGGGUCCAAUCCCUCCUUGGUUUUACGGUGGGUAUAUGCCUCCAAUACCUGGGGUUAUACCAGGAGGACAAAUUCCCAACACGGACGGUGUGCUCCGUCCACCAAACAGUCGGAUGUCUACACCAACACCAAAUAGACCGGCUCUGUCUCCAGACUCGUCAUCACCGUCAGCAACACCUAACACGAAUUUAACUGCAGCAAAACAAAGUAGCACUUCAGCAACAGUUGGUGGUACGAAGUGUUCCCAGAAAGUACCAGUACCAGGCGUGACAUCUUUAUUGACCGGAAUGGCAAACACCGGACAUACCCCAUCGGUGCUAGGGUUUGAUCCAAGUUUAGUAGGGGCAGGGUAUAGACAUGGAUCUCAAUACCUUGGUGGCAUGCCUCCAGUGACUAUGAUCAUGCCAGUUCCUUUCCCCCUACCCGUUCCCUUCCCGGUGCCAUUACCUCUGCCAUUAAAGAUGGAGCAAAUCAUGGAAGUGUAUAAUAAAAAACAAGAACAAAAGAAAACUGAAAUGAAACACGAAUCUGUUUCCCAGCGGAAACAAAUUGAUAAGCAUGUUGGCGAACCCGAAAGAAACCACAGAAUAAAAGUUGAAUUAAGUGACUCUAGUGAUUCAGAGAUUGUAAAGAAACACGAUAAAACAUCGCUUCACUGUGUGUCAUAUUCAGAGAGGGCAAGUAGUGUUACCUCUUGUCCAGACCUAUCCGACAUCCAUUCGUCAGCGCAUGACUUAUCAACGCGGAAGCGACCUUUGACACCACGACUUGACGGAUCGUUGGAUCUGAGUAAGAGGCCGAGAUCGGAGGCGAAUGCCUCGCCAGACUCUUAUGACGGCGUCAUCGAUUUAUCAAUGGACAGUUCUAUGAUAAGGUAUAAAAUGUCGCCGGGUAAGGAAAAUAGAGAAACAAAUGAAUCCGAUAUAUCUCAGGAUGGUGAAGAAAGAGACAUUUCCAAUGGCGAAUUAGGUUUGAAAAUUCCUAGAAUUCAUAUCAUUACACCGCGAAGUGAACCGCCACUAAACCAGCAACUUCCGCUUCCUCCAGCGGAACACAAAUAUUCAAACAGAAGGGGACUUAUUCUUGAUGCCCCAUGUACUCCGAAUCGUCCUAGAAGCCCUUCCCCAGAGCGGAGGAACUAUGUUCGGUCGGUACCUCGUGACGUAAUGGAGGCCGCAAGACGGCGCUGUCUUCGCGCUAGAAUUCGUACAAAGUAACUUCACUUAGAGGACGUGGUCGUGUGCAAUGCAGUUGUUAAAUUUUCUUGGAAAGUUACUUUGGAAAAGAUUACUUGUACCGUUAUGAUCUGUAUGAUUUUUCAUUAAACGGUCAUAAAUGUGCUGCGUAUGAAGUGACGUUCUUAGGAAUGAAAAGAAGCAACAAAGAAAAACUUGGCUACUUUGAUAUCUUCUAAACCAAUCCUUAAUCAUUUUAUAAACUUACAUGUGGAUAGCUUCUUUGAAGAUUGUUUUGAUAAUAUAUACAAUGUACCGUAGUUAGGCAUGUUGUAGAAACUUUAUACAAGGGAAAUAACUCAAUUUUCGGUAAUGGUAUCACUUCGAAUUUAUUUCCCGUUUCAAUUGGUCCGUGUUGUGUUAAAAACGCGGUUUCCUUAAAUGGAGCAAACAUAUUUCAAGGAGAUAACAGAAAUAUUCACUGAUUGGUAUAUAUGAACCGAUGCACACAGACAGCCUGCCAUAGAAACGUGACCUUUGUAUUAGCUGUUAUGCUUUUUCUUUGUUAACAAAGUGCUAACGUGAUUGUAAUUUAAUUUAUUUUGUUGUGUUUAUAUGUGGUACAUAUAUAUAUAUUCUCAUCGACAUGUGUUUUUGUAACGGAAAAAAAUUGUUUAUUAAUUCUUAUUUCAAUUCUAACCUUUCCUUUCCCUACAGAAGAAUAUGUUUAAGUUUAAGAUCGCAACCAAAUUGUAACUCUACCAUAUUAGAUGUUCGUUCAUGUUACAGUAAAAUCAAGUUGACGUCAGCUGAUACACAACAAUUCCCGUGAUGAUAAAACUAUCGGAAGGCAAUCUGAAGUGUUUUCGAAAACGUAGGGACUGCACUUAAUUAUCUACACCGUACUGAUAUCAAAAAUUUAAAACAUUUACUGAUUAGCGAAAUAACACAGAACUAAUAACUCAAUUUAAAGACCUAUUUUGACUGUGAAUAUUUAAAGCUGUUUUUUUUAUGUAUUUCAGUAUGUACAUGUUUACCUUAUCGUCUAGACAUUCGACGGUCAUUUAAUUUUUCUUUUAUUUUUAAAUGUUUAGAUGUUAAUUCUUAACAAGGAGAAAAUUACUAUUUUGAGCCUUGGAUCCAAUUUCAUUCCAGCCAUUUCUUUUUUAAUUUAAAAAGUCGUCUUUGAAUACAAUUAUAACAGUUUAAAACGAAUAUGCCAAGAUAUGUUAAAGAAAGUUUUAUCAAGCGACGCUGCUCCAAAUGUGACCAGAUAGGUUUUGGUGUGAGGAGUACGGUUUACUGUACAUUAUGUGAACAUGGCAGUUGACUAGGUUUUGUUUUAUCAAUAUCACUAAGAACUAUGUUAAUCUAUUAUCCUCAUUCAGUUAAUUUAUUCUAAAACGAUAUCUUACUUACCUAUCCUGAGACACCAGAAAUGAUAUAUGUCCCUGACAUAAUCUCUUUGAAAAGAUCUUAUUGAGUUUUACUCUAAUACUGCCAAUAUGUGUACUUGUAUACAACUGCAUGGACAAUGAAAGCUUGUCAAUAUGGUUUACACUGAUUCUAGGUAUGAGAAACACGCCUUCACUCACUUCAGUACGUAUCAAUUGCAUAGCAAUAGUAUUUGUAUCGAUAUAGAGCUUACGUUAAUUUGUCCAUAUUAAAGUUUCUGUUGCGAAGGUUGGAAUUUAUUUGCGUAAUAAAAUUUUGUUGAUAACACAA